AUGUUUCUCAUCGCGAAGAUUGUCAGAGGUCGACGUUUGCUUCAUGAGCUGGAGAAACAGGAGAAGGAUGAGCAACAUCUCGCAGCGUCUACUGAUGCCAUGCAAGCCGCUCAACAAACGCAAUCUGCUCGUGAGCCCUCGGGACAAGAAAAUAAUCCCAGGAAUUCUUGCCAAUACCGGAAUAAAAGGAGCAGAACUGUUCGCAAGAAAACGGCGACAACAAGUUCAGUGGAUUCAACAAAUUUCACCGAAGAAGGAAAACCUGCGAGAAAGUCUAGCAGCAUGCCUAGCAUUUAUGACGCUCAACAAGCAGCCACCAGCACCUCUCAACUGAAGCAUUAUUCAUACGAUACAAAAUUAAACAAACUACAAAAGCGUGCGAUUCGCUUUACUUGGCACCGUCUUCAGACUCGAAAUAGUGGUAAACGUGUGGAAAAUGUUUUUGAAGAGGUUUAUGAGAAGCUUAUUAAAAGCCUUCCUAACAUUCGUGACAUGUUUUCAACACGAAUGUUCCUUUGUGCCAUGUCGAAAGGCAACACAUCUUCGCAGCGAGACCACUCAAAAAGUACAGUACGCAUGAUUGAUGCAAUUGUCAAGAAUCUUGAUGUCGAUAAAAGCAAAAGAACUGACACAGGCUCCGAGAACGAUCCGGUCGUUAUUGGACGUGCGCACAUCGGACUUAAGCCAUAUGGCCUAACCGGUAAUUACUGGGAGAAGUUUGGCGAGGUCAUGAUUGAUGUGGUGCUCGCUCAGGAAGCAGUUCGCGAUCUUCCUGGAGCUGGACAAGCUUGGGUGAUUUUCACAGCAUGCUUGGUGGAUCAGCUUCGAGCAGGAUUCGAGGAAGUACGAAGGAUUGAGAAUGACAACAUUAUGAGAAGAAAUACGGUACUUCACUAUGCUACCCAACAACUGCUAAACGAUGUCCCGUCUACUUCAGAAGCGUCUGCCCCACCAGAGCCUUCAUCGUCAUCCAAUGGACAAAUGCCUUCAACAUCUCGCCGUACCGCCGACGUCGAUGCCGACGGCGAAUCAUUCGAGACCGUUUAUCUCUAA